CUCACAUUCACCAUCAAUUCAACACCUCACUUCAUCCAUAUCUCUCUCUCUCUCUCAAACAUCCUAUCUUUCUCUCCAAGAAAAUACCCAAAACAGAAAAACAUGGACGGAAGCUCCGUCGACGAGAGCAGCACCACCGACUCCCUAUCAAUGACGCCGCCCCGGCCCCGGCCCCUGCCCCCGGUCAAGUCCCUUGACCGGGUCGGCAGCGGCGCCAGCGUGGUCCUGGACGCGGAGCACGGCGUCGAGGCGGAGUCGAGGAAGCUCCCAUCCUCCCGCUUCAAGGGCGUGGUCCCGCAGCCCAACGGGCGGUGGGGCGCGCAAAUCUACGAGAAGCACCAGCGCGUGUGGCUCGGCACCUUCAACGAGGAGGACGAGGCCGCCCGCGCCUACGACACCGCCGCCCAGCGCUUCCGCGGCCGCGACGCCGUCACCAACUUCAAGCCGCUCUCCGACGACGCCGAGGCCGCCUUCCUCAGCUCCCACUCCAAGGCCGAGGUCGUCGACAUGCUCCGAAAGCACACCUACGGCGACGAGCUCGACCAGAGCCGCCGCUGCUUCGGCGCCGCCGGAGGGAACAGAUCGCCGACGAAUCAAAGCGGUUUCUCCUCGGCCAAGGCGCGGGAGCCGCUGUUCGAGAAGGCGGUGACGCCCAGCGACGUCGGCAAAUUGAACCGGCUCGUGAUACCGAAGCAGCACGCGGAGAGGCAUUUCCCUCUGCAGAGUGGGAACAGCAGCAAAGGAGUGUUGCUCAAUUUCGAAGAUGUGAACGGGAAAGUGUGGAGAUUUCGGUAUUCGUAUUGGAAUAGUAGCCAGAGCUAUGUGCUAACCAAGGGGUGGAGCCGGUUCGUGAAGGAGAAGGAUCUGCGGGCCGGGGAUGUUGUGAGUUUCCAGCGCUCGACCGGCCCGGAUAAGCAGCUGUACAUUGAUUGGAAAGUGAUGAGCGGAAGGGAGGCUGAGCCGGCCGGUUCGAACCGGGUUCAGAUGGUGAGGUUGUUUGGGGUGAAUAUAUUUGAGUGCGGAAGUGGGAAGAGGGCGAGGGAGAUGGACGAUAUGGAGAUUAUGAGCGCCAAGAAACAAAGGAUUAUUGAUGUUUUGUAGUAGCAAUUAGUUUUCUUUUUUAUUGUUGUUGGUUUUUUUCAUCAACUGUGAAUGUAGUUGGGGAAAGGGAGGAGAAGGUGGAGUGAGAUGGCGAUGUUGCAACUUGCUAAAGCUUGAAUUGUACAGUAAAAUACACAAAAAGAAAGGCUUGCUCAACCUUUUAGGUUUUGAUAAAUAUGGGAAUACAAACUUCUCUCCAUUUUAUUA